GAAACGAAAAAUACUUAACAGACAUUUAUGUAUCGCCAAUCCUUAAUGUAAUAUAAAGUAAAGCCUGGUGUUGGCAUUACUUACCUUCAGGACAAUGCAUGACUGUGUCGGCGACUUCUAAAGGUGUUUGUAGAGCUCCGAGCCAUCGUAGCCUUUUGGAGUUCAUGGAGAAAGUGGAGGUGUUUGAGGUUGUGAAAGUGACUGAGGAGGUGGAGAGCUUCUACAGCCAAAUAAAGAUGACAACCCCAAAAAAGAGGAAAAACAAAGGUCAUGAAGACAGUGUUGAGAAAUCUAAGAAACCCAGGUCUGCCUUUCUUCUAUACUUCUUUGAUGUUCAUCAGAUUAUGCAACAGGAAAUCCCUAAUCUACCACAGUCAGAGAUUAACAAAAGAAUCAGUGAGAGCUGGAAAAGGCUCAGCGUUGCUGAGAAAGGUUACUAUCUGGAGAAGGCCAAGUCUGAGAAGGAGGGCAUAGAUACAUCGUCUCCCAGUCUCUCCAAAGACUUGCCAGGCUUCCGCAAAAUCCUCCCCAGAGGCAGUUACUUUCUCCUGUCUAAAGGCGGCUCCUCAAAUCAGCAGCUGGGCUCUCAGGCAGAGGUGAGCGCAGGGUCUCUGGACCCUCAUGUGGAGGGAACUCUCACCCAGGAGCCCCAGCCCACACCUCUUGUGUUGGCCGGUGAGGUGGAGCUUUGUGAGCAGGCCAUUGUUGUCGACAACAUUGCAGAGGAAACGGAAGUAUCGUCUAAUCCCUCCGACACCCGAGGGAUCCCACCCUCCUCUUCUUCCUCUGUUUCAUGCAAAGCUCUGGCCUCCACAGACGAACAUGUCUCCCAGGUCUCUGCUGGCCUCUCAGCAAACGGGGUCACGCUGAAAGGAAAUGAGACAACAGUUGCUGCUAGUGGUUACAGUGGGGCCAUGGUGCAGCAGGUACAGGGGGAAACUACCCCGAUGGUUGCCAUCAUACCCUUCCAGAACCUGCUCGAGCCCAAGUCUUUGCCAAGUGUUGGCUCCGUGGGCCCAGUGAACAGAGACCCAAGUGCCAAUCCUUGCUAUAAAAUGUCUUUAAAGACAUACACCCGGAGAGGUCGAGGAAGGUGUCUAAAUCCUGGAUGUUCAUUUGUGUAUGUCACCCGCCACAAACCACCCACGUGCCCUGAAUGUGGGAGCCACUUGGGGGGGAAAUGGAUACCUCCUGUAAAGAAAACACAAGCGAAAGAAGCUGCGUCCAGGCAACUCCUACCGAGAGCUCGUACCAAAACUAAUGCAAGCUGCCAGCCCACACCUUCCCCUGCUCAGGAGGGGAAUGCUGAUUUGGGAAAAACAGACUCCACUGGGAGCAAAAGAGGAAGGCAAGUCAAACGGUGCUCCCGAAAGCAGCAUGCGGUUCCAGCUGUGAGGCCAGCAGAGGGCAGCAGCACCAAGGAGCAGGAACAAACAAAGCAGAUGAAAGAGGGUCUUCAGGGAGCGACAGUCCAAGGUCACGACAGAAGCAGUGCCCCUGUUCAAAAGAGGCCUGUUAGACCCAUCCUUCCUGCCUUCUGUAACACAGGCCAGGCUUUGUUCCAGAUCAUGACUGUCCCGCCUGACAAAGAAAGUGCAAACAACAAUAAAUCAUCCUCUGGGCCUCGAGAGGGUUUCUCAGGUCUCAAACCCAGCACUUUGAAGCAGCUCGGCCAGACAGUCCAGACAACUGCAGCCAAACAGGAUUCUUCUGUCCCAGCAGAUGGAAGCCAGCCUAUGUGUUCAUUGGUUGAUGGAAGAAUGAACUUCCUGUCUUUCCUGCCUUUCAAACACUCCGUUUCUAGCUUGGAUUUGGGACUGUCUACGUCACGAGGAAGGGGUCGGUGUAAGAACCCGUCCUGUGACUAUAUGUAUAAGAACAGACACAAACCCGCAGUGUGCCCUAAGUGUGGCUGUGAGCUGACCCAGAAGAACGCCAAGGGAGCAAAGUCUGAGAGCCUGCUCGAUCCGUACCAGGCCCUCAGUCCUACUCAGAGGGACGUCCAGCGCCAAAACACCCUGCAGUUACUGCACCGAUCCCUGCAGAUUCCUGAGAGCGAGACGGAGCUUCAGGAAACCUUGAACCUCAUCCAGGAGCUCAACAGUCUUCAGAUCGUCCUGGUUCAACCGAGUGUCCAGGAGCACGAGGGCAGCGCGGAGACGGAGACGCUGGUGGAGUCCGGGUGGCCUCAGUUCUACGAAUCAGAAGCUACUCACUGUGGCCUGUGUCACUACCCUCUCUUUAAAGGAGGUCAGAGUACUGUGGCAGGACAGGAGGACUGCUUGCUGCUCACUGAGACUCUGAUCCAGACGGUCACUCUUCAGCUCAAGGUGUGUCUCAACGUCCAGUGUCUGGCUCUGCACAGCUUCACCGACCUGCAUCCAGGUUUGUUCAACGUUGGGAACAGACUGCUUGUUAGUAUCGACCUGUUUCUGAAGAUCCGGGACCUUAUCAAACUGGGCCAGCCCCCCCCCCAGGCAGCCAGGACCCUCCUCGAACACAACCCCAAUCACCCUGUCCAUUCUCUGAGUGCAGAGGAGUUCUCUCAGAUUCUGGAGUUUCUCCUGAGUGGCUACUGGGCCUUUGAGAGCCUGACCGUGCGCGACUACAACGACAUGAUCUGCGGCAUUUGUGGCGUUGCUCCCAAACUGGAGAUUGCGCAGCGACACACAACAAACGUACUGGAGCUAAAGAAUGUGGAGUUUACCUGGCCGGAGUGUUCGGUCUCAGACGAGGUGCACGUGGACGACUUCUGGUUGACCAUGGAAAGUGAGGCUAUCGAGCAAGCCACUUUCCCCACUGACAUCCCAAUCACACGGGUGGAUGCUUCCAUCAUCGCCCCCUUUAUUCCCCCCCUCAUGAGGAGUGCCACUGUCAUCAACACGGAGAAGGACAAAGUGCUGCCAGACACACAGCAGCCAUCAGGAGAUCCUUCAGCUUUGGUGCGUCUCAUUCAUGAUGGUCAGCUGAGACUCGACAAGAUUGAAGAUCACAGUGAGGACGAGCUGAGAACAAUACUGAGCAGCUGCAGGGCGAGCGUCACCCCGGGCUCCACUAAGGAUGAGCUGCUGGCCUCUCUGAUCUCCUUAUACACACUCGUUCAAAGUGGCCUCUCCACGGCCCCGCAGCCCCCCCCUCCACACCUCACGGCUGGGAAGCUGUCCAAGCUCUGCCCCCAUAAGGUGGUGUGCGGCUCUAAGUGUUUGGUCAGAGGAGAGACGGCUCGUGACCACGUCGACCUGCUGCUGUCGUCCCGCUUCUGGCCCCCGGUCUACGUCAGUGACUGCGCCCGCCAGGUGGCGCUCUGUGCCGACAUGCAGUACCCGGAACAGGCCACCCAGAUGUGGGGCAGGAACCAAGGCUGCUUCUCUGACCCUUUCGAAAAGCCAGAGUUUGUGUCGUGUGCAGAGCUUCAGGAGCAGCCGUACAGCGCUGACCUGUCGUUGGCAGCAGAGAACCAGCAGGUCCACCCCAUCACUAAAUCGUCUUGUUGCUGGUUGGUUCAUCCCCCCGGAGCAGCUCUCCCUUCAGAGCACCACUCCAUGUCCCUCUGCAGAGACCUGGAGCCCUACGCCGGCCUGGUGGCUGCGCUGGAGGAGGAGGAGGAGGGGGAGGAGGAGGAGGAGGAGGGGGGGGCAGAACAGAACGAGCAGACGGACAAAGCUGAGAACGGCUCCUCAGAGGACUGUUACUCAGCAAACCGUGCACUGCGGCAACCUAUGGUUUUUACCAACACUGCAUACUACUACCUUUACAACCGUCUGGUAGAUUUCCUCACCAGCAGAGACAUUGUGAGCGAGCAGAUCAACCAGGUGGUGAAGGCCUGCCAGCCGGGGGAGGUGGUGAUCAGGGACGCUCUGUACAGACUGGGAGUGGCACAGAUCGACACAGAGAAGGAGGAAGAUGAAGGGAUUGGGGUGGAGGUGCAGACACAGGAGGAAGGGACAGAGACAUGUGAGGUGGUGCUUAAUGAAUAGAAAGGAUGGACGGUUAAGAUGCAAGGCAAAGAGACGGACUGAAGGUAAAGAUGGCUGCAUGUAGACAUGAGGAGAGAAGAAAGUGCUAUCAGAAGGAUUCAAGAGUUUGGAAGUGACACUGAGCUAACCAUAAUUUGAUGUGGAGAGACUCUUAUCCUAGCCUGUACAAUCUGCUUCACAUUAUUUGACUGAUAUGAGGAUUAUGGGUGACUAUAGAUGUGGUUUGACUUUUGCUCAAAUGGACCUUAUGUAGUAAGAAUAAUCCGAAGUAUUGACUGUUAUACUAAAAUAAUGCAAUUACAGUUUACGAGGUCAUAUUCUUAACUUGAUCUAACUACAGUAACACUGUGUGAGAGUCAGUAUAUGUCAACAUGAUGGAGACUGAAAGUCAAAAUGAUUUUUUUAAGUGACUAAAAGAAUUUAACAAUACUAGUAUUUUUUAAUAAUGGGGUGCCAAGAGUGAAAGUGAAGUGAAAGUAUGAGUUAAGGUGACUGAAAGAAUGUAAGAAGGAUUGGAAUCGCUCUGCUAAGCGUAAUUGUAUUUAUUUAACCAUGAAUAGUACGUUGUAUUUAUUUCCCUUUGACGUCCAGAGACAUUUUACACUCUUACCUCUCUCCAGCCACUUGUUGCCUUCUGGACUGACGUUUGCUUUUGAAAAGUGUUGAUCAAUGUUUAUUUCUCUCUUGUACUGAAUCAUGACGCUUUAAUGGACCUUGUAUGCAACACAUACAAUUAUGAUGGGCUAAUGAAACUUGUAUGAAUGCUGCUGUCUAAGGGGUUACAAAUAGUUUCACUUUUAGGACACAUGUUAAAUCAGUACAGCCGUUGGUUGGAAGAGAUCACAGCAGCCAUGUAUAUGAUAAAGAAAAUAUUGCAAUAAAAGGAGUGUUUGACACUG